GCCAUAAACCGCAUCACAAACUAAUUAAAGUGUGUUAUAUUAUUCAUAUACCACUCUCCUUAUCUUGUAGUAUUAGUUAAUUUGCAUUCUUUUGUUUCUCUAUCGAUCAUGGGUGUUUUUGCUUACGAUGAAGAAAACUCCUCCACCGUGGCUCCGGUUACUCUCUACAAAGCUCUGACGAAAGAUGCCGACACCAUCAUCCCAAAGAUUAUUGGUGCCAUCCAAAGUAUUGAAAUUGUUGAAGGAAAUGGAGGACCCGGAACCGUCAAGAAGAUAACCGCUAAUGAAGGAUAUAUGUUAAUAGCAAGACGAGAUGCAAUCGACGAGGCUAACUUGGUAUACGACUACAGCAUAGUGGGAGGGACGGGGUUGCAUGAAAGUUUGGAGAAAGUUACAUUCCAGACAAAGGUGGCUCCUGGCCCUGAUGGUAAUGGCUCCAUCGCCAAGGCCACUCUCACAUUCCACACCAAAGGUGUUGCACCCCUCUCAGAUGCAGUGCGUGAUGAGACAAAGGCCAGGGGUGCUGGAAUUUUCAAGGCCAUUGAGGGCUACGUUUUGGCAAAUCCUGCUUAAUGAUUCAUGCCAAAUAAUAAUUAUAUAAAGCUUAUCUGGUUGUUGGAGUUCAUUAAUUUGUAUCAUGUGGCUUGUUCGGUUUUUAAUUCAUUUCCUUGUGAGUUGUGAGCAAGUGUCGGUUUUAUAUAUAAGUAACAUUUUUGAAGUGUUACUAUUAUGUCGGUGAAUUUGGUUGAGUAUACGUAUGAGCAUCUACGUGUGUUCUGUGUUGGUGUUGACGUCUUUCGUCAUUUGUAUUCUGUAAUAAAUAUAUUACUAUAAUCGAAAGGCAUUGAAUCUUAGUAUA